CUGCAGCGCUGGCUGUUCUACGUCGCAGUUCGUUGCAGGCGUGUCUACUUGGAGCGUAUUAAAGUUGCGUGGUGAAUCGGGGAAGUACUUUUGAGGACAAACAGCGGCUCGAUCUAAAUGGCGGAUACGAAGCGUGAGGAAGGCAGCUUUGCAAGCGACAUGCUGGCGCUGAUGGAGUCCGGGCACGGCGCUGACGUGACGCUGGUGGUCGGCGGCUCUGAGUUGGCGGCCCACAGUCUGAUUCUGGCAGCGAGGAGCCCGGUCUUUGCCGCCAUGUUGCGGAGCGACAUGCGCGAAGCCCGCAGCCGGCGCGUGGAGAUAACCGACAUGCAGGAAGCUGUAGUGCGCCAGAUGGUGCUGUUCAUGUACACGGAGACGGUGCCGCAGCUGGGGAGCGUGGCGGCCGAGCUGUUGGAGGCCGCCGAGAAGUACAACCUGCCGCUGCUGAAGAAGAGGUGCGAGGAGCAGCUGGCGCGGGACAUCACCGUGGACAACGCCGCCGCCACCGCCGGCCUCGCCGUUCUGCACCGCUGUCCGGGACUGAAGACCACCGCCGUGGAGUUUGUGGCCAGACACCCUGCGGUGAUGGCCACCACUGGCUGGAAGCAGCUGCUGAGGGGCAAUGCAGACGCCGCAGCGGAGAUCUGCGGCCAGUUGGCGGGGCUUCUGCCGCCAGCACCACAGCCGGCGGUGCUGGAAAACAGGUUGGGAUAACGUCUCUGUGUGUGUGUGUGUGUGUGUGUGUGUGUGUGUGUGUGUGCGUGUUUUUGAAAGCUCCCCAUACUACAAUCAGUUGGUACCAGUACAACGCCAAACAAGUCUUCAGAAAC